GCGCUCUCAGAUGUCUGCAGGCGUUCAGACAGGUGAAUGCAUCCCAUUGGUUGGCGGGAGGCAUGAUGCCACCCAGCAGCUCUUUUUAAGAGAAAAGCCAGAACCAGAGAAGCAGCCACCCCUGAGCAUUGCCUUCUGAGCUGUUCUGUGGGACCUAGCAGCGGAGUCAGGCCAACAUGAGUGAGAGACAAAGUGCCGGAGCGACCAAUGGAAAAGACAAGACGUCAGGAGAUAAUGAUGGGCAGAAGAAAGUCCAAGAAGAAUUUGAUAUCGACAUGGAUGCACCAGAGACAGAACGUGCAGCUGUGGCCAUUCAGUCUCAGUUCAGAAAAUUCCAGAAGAAAAAGGCGGGAUCACAGUCCUAGUGGGGAAGCCACUUCCUGGUCUACCUGAAGACACCAAGUUCAACCACCAUCCAUCAAGAAAUGAGAAGAACAAUACCUUAGAGAGAAGUCAUCCACACUCACUACACACCCCAUCGCAAACCUGAAAUGCAUGAACAGAAACCCAUAGCAUUUACGCCCUUAUAGGCAGGUGUCCACAGUAAAAUUGUGAGUAGCUUAAUCUGUUUAUCUCCAUUACAAUUCCUCUGCAACUAUUUUCCUUGAUGUUGUAAUAAAAAGGAGGUAAGAUGAGUGAA